AUUUCAAAUAUGUCCUAAUGGCUUUGGUUUUAGAGUACCAUUGAGAUCUGAAAAGAUCUAAAUGCCAUCAAAAUGCCAUUUGGAAUCAAUCAACUAGAAAGACGUUUUCAAGGUAAGGUGCUUGCAUGUGACACAAAAUUAGAAGAAAUUGACAAUUUUAAGCACCGCACAUGUAUUUAAACUUUCACGCAAUUGUCUGUAGUCGCGGAAGCAUAAAAGGGUUAUAGUCUAGGGCUUGUUUGACGUGUGUGCUAAACGCCAUGAUGUUAACUCACGGAACUAUUGGUAGAUAUCUAAAUGACAGGGUGUUUAACUGUUCAUAACUUAUAACGACUGUUAAAUGGCACUUAAGGCGAGAAACUUGACCAAGUUAAGUAAUAAUAUUUAAUGAGAUGUGUCUCUUUGGAACGAAGCAAGAACACGGCUAACCAGCCAACUUGUUGCUAAUGAGUUGAAGACGAUGUGCAGACUUGUCCCCGUAUUUUAAAGUGAUUUUCCACACAAAUCUCCCCGACAGGAACAAGCUGAUAAUCAAAUAACAUGAGAGACAUAGUUCACAUCCAGGUUGGCCAGUGUGGAAAUCAAAUAAGUUCCAAGGUAUGAUACAUAUAUAGACAUGACACACCGAAGUUGAUCAUUCUCUUAACUAUGGUAAUGAAGCCUCGAAGUUGAUUCAGAAAAGUCCUAAUAAAUUUUUUGCACAGGUGUCUUUCUCACUAAAAAAAAGCCUUUAUAUUUGGGCGAAUAUGCGUAAAAUUUAGAACAAAAACAAUUCUUUAGAGAGACAUUAUAAACUUCAAAAUACUACUUUGUCACGCACUGUAGACGUGAGUACACAUUUCGCGACAGCCAUACGCAGAUGAAGGUCUCUAUUUUAGACUAAGUGGUAUAAUACAACUAAGAAAUAGCUAGAAAUUCCAAAACAUUACGAACGAAAAAUGUAAUUUCCAGAUCAGUUGCGUUGAGAGAAAGCAAGCUGUUGAAUAACUUAAGAAAUGUGUUUCGAUCGGUGGAAACAUUCGAAUUGUAACUUUUAGAAUGUCAACCAAUUUUAAGCCAAAGGGAGCAACUACAAUUGUACCCCACUCUAUAGUUUCUACCCACUUACAAGAAAAUAAAUCAAAUCGUGAAAACUGCACGCUCCACUUAAGAUUGCUCAGGGUUAAAAGUUCGAUCAGCUGCAAAAGGCAGCUUUAUUUAUUAAUUAAUGAUUGUUAAAAGCAUUUCUACGCGCUUUAACUGCUCCAGCUUGGGCUAAGGAAGUGCAAGUUCGAUUAAACGCAUAAAACAAACCUUCUUCUAUGCAUUCAAACUUUUGCCUCUCUCCUUCUAUCUGCGUAAGCGAGGUCUCAAGCCCGAUAAUUUUGGACUCACUCUCAUUGUUAUUGUUGUUACGGAAUUGAAGACUCGGAGCGACCACAGAAGUAAUAUAAAAAGGGAAAUUCCACCAAGAAUCUAAUCUUCUGCUUAUCCAAACGUGUGAUCGAAAUUUUUUUGAUAAUAAGGACUUAUUUGUGUUGAAUGAUACACAAUUUAUUUUGUACUCGACGGCAAGAACAAGGGAAUUUUGCACUGACAUAAGCACGGGAUACGGAUCGCUUCAAAAGUUAUCGACUAUGACAAUGCACUCAUCCAAAAACGCUAACGCCAAAAUUAAAGAAAAAUCAUAAUUUCAGUUUGAAAGUACUACUGAAGAGGGUUAAUGUUAAUGUUUACUCCAGAGCGAGAUUUUUUUCCGAAGUCUCAAAAGAUCGAGCAAAGUAUAUUGUCUCCAUAAUGGAUAGUUCUUCUGGAGCGAUAAGGUGAACUACUUCGUCAGUGACCGAAGGCUGAAGCUUGGCAACUAUCAUAAGUACGCUUCCUUGUCAGAAGAAAUCGCAGUUUGAUUUACUAAGCUCAAGGCGGGGAAAAAAGUUUUUGAUUUUUCGCUCAAAAACAUAUGUCAACUGCAAGAUACCCACCUGCUCUAAAAUCGAGCAGGUCACUUAAAUCUUAAGAUCUUUGUUGCAGGUUUUCUACGUUAUUUACUUUAAAUUUGACAACAUACAAAAUAGUUUUUAGGCGAAGUGGUGAUUUUUGGGAAGAGAAACUGCAUUUUUUGUAAUUUAAACCAAAAGAUGCUCUAAAGGCGUUGUCAUCUACUUUAUAAGAAAAUUUUAAAAGAAUUAUCACACGAGGCCCCUUUACUUUAAAGAAUUUUAAAUUCAAGAUAAUGGCUCUGCCACCUGCUAAGCGAGACGUGCAAAUUCACCUGUUGAAGAACAUCGUUGAAAUUCAGAAUUUUACUAUCGGGUGUUUUUUUUUUCUCUAAAACAUAAAUUUUAUAAAUCUUGAGAUUAAUAUAUAACUAAAGGGUUCCGUCAAGGCGCAUUACCGAUAGCGUCCGCAAGUAUGUUUUGGUCAGCAAAAGUCUUAAGUCUAAGUCUUAAAAUGGUCACAUGUAAAUGUUACAAGUUUAACUGUGUUGUUAAACGACUCUUGAGUUCCCCGCAGUAGGUCGCUCUUUAGGAGGGAAUUAAGAACUUGAAAAGCACUACUUAUUUCUUGGUUUCAAUGUCACGGCAAACAAUUGUCUCUAAGAUGAAAAAAUUUUGAUUUUUACAUUUCUCCCUCCCAUCUCUUAACAAGCGGUAAUCAGUAUUACCACUAGGACAGAACGUGUUAACGUGCAAUAGUGAAACAAGCCUCACAUUUGAAAUGAAUCGAGUGCAGCAAAAAUGAAGAGAGUGAAUUGAAUCGUUAUUCAAUACUUGAAAAGGAACAACAGUUUCCUAGUGUAUAGUUUGUUUGUCUGUUUAUCUAUGUCAAAUCAACUUUGUCGGGAAACAAACUGCAAUGCAUUCUUUCAAGUCUAGUUCAGUAAAAGAACAGAGAAAGCAAGGAAAGAGUUGAAACUGAUGAGAUGAUAGAGUUAACGGUUUACUUCAAAACUAAGAAUAGAACAUUCUAGCAAGAAUUCAUGAUUAGCGUAGUGAGAGAUUAAAGCAUACAUGUGUGUCUGACAGGCGCGGUAAAAACCUGAAAACUGAAAACUUUAGUUAUUUCAUAUGGUUGAAAACAUGGCCAGCAGUCAUGUACCGCUCAUUAAUACGUGAAAAUAAAGGGCUUAAAGUUUCUCAGCAGGUUCUUUCGAUGUUGGCCUUUUCUGGGAGUAUCUUGGACCUAGCCGCGCAUUCCCGGUCGUAUAUAUUAUUUUUAUAGAGAUCUUCAUCUACAUGCAAUAAAUCUGUUUGCAAAAUCCUAAUCAGGACAGUUCACAGUGCCUGGGAAUUUUUGGGCCCCCUUCUCUUUAAUGCUGACUUCCAAGAGGUCAAUGCCUACGCAAACAAGUGAAACCAACAUUGGGCGGAUGGCAAUGAUUUAUUCACUCGCGUACAAAGACUUGGUGUAUCUUGAGUUUUCCGUUUUGCUGUUAAGUGGCAUUCAGUGGUAAAUUUAUAUUCGUUAUUGUUCAUCAUAAGUGAUAUCAAUGAUGGCUGGAUAUUAGUCCCCAAAAAGUGGCAUUCAGUGGUAAAUUUAUAUUCGUUGUUGUUCAUCAUAAGUGAGAUCAAUGAUUGCUGGAUAUUAGUCCCCAAAAAGUGGCAUUCAGUGGUAAAUUUAUAUUCGUUGUUGUUCAUCAUAAGUGAGAUCAAUGAUGGCUGGAUAUUAGUCCCCAAAAAGGAGGUUAAUAACCAGCUAUCGAUCUGGAGCGAGCAAGCGCAGUCAAUAAAAGAUAUAUAAUAUAGCCAAACGUUGUUUUAGAGAACAAAGCGGCUAAGCCCGUACGUGAAAAAAAAAGCUCAGCUCAUAUGGCCCCGCUUAGUUAGCCAAUCAUUUGCAGAACACAGGACCCGCUUCAUCUUGCCCCUUGAGGAGCCAGCAACAAAUUAUAUUUUUACAUACAGUGAACACCACCAAACUACAGUUCGCUAGUUCGCUCCCUUGAAUUCUGACUUAUCUUACAGUAAAGCACUCGGUGCAACUGGAUACAACAGUCUUGAAAAUAGGGGCAAAAAACAACAUCAAAAACAAACAGUGUGGUGAAACAGUGGAAUGAAUAGCAUUCUUUUGUCCUUUAGUUUUGGGAACUUAUUUCUGAUGAGCACGGCAUUACGCCAGAUGGUCAUUGUAAAGGGCAAAGUCCACAAACAGACAGGCUAAACGUUUACUUCAGCGAAACAUCGGGUAAGUAUUUAUUCAGCCAGAACGCCUUGUACCCCUAUGUCCCUGUUUCGUGUUCCUUCCGAGUUCAUUCCCCAUUUGCCAAUUCUUGUACUGAACAGUGAGAUUGCAGUGUUUUUUAUUUUUUCAAAUUCACUUAGUAUACCAUUUGUUAUCUGUUAGCGUUUGUCAGCUUUUAUUAGCGCCUUAGAAUAUUUAUGUAAUUAGCGCUAAAUAAACAAAAUAUCGUUAUCUUUAUCUGUAAGUCUAAAACAAUUCGUGUGCGUUUCCCUUUUAUAUGAAGAUGGCAGGUACAUCCCCAGGGCAGCAUGCUUGGAUCUCGAGCCAGGCUCUAUUAAUUCACUUCGUUCCUCGAAGUAUGGAGGACUUUUUAGCCCCGAUAACUGCAUAUGUGGUGAGUUGUCUUAGCACUUUGUUUGAUUUGUACACCCAGUCGAAAGUACACGUUGGAGCUAUAUGUGUAAUAUUAAUACUGAUUUACGUAGCUAGAAAUAAAACGCUAUCGUUGAAAAGGCAAACUUGAACUGAAAGUUCAUUAUGUUUCGCGCAGUUUUUACCGCAACUGUUUUAGAUAGAAAUGGUCUCCAAUACAGUAUGGGGAAAUAUAAAGCUCUAAAAUCUUCCGAGGAGUAGCGUUCUAAGGCUGUGUGCAAACGGGCGCAACAAAUCCCAACAUUGUUGCGCCAACAAUGUUGGGAGUUGUUGCGUACGUGUUGGCAGAGGUGUGCAAACGGAUGCAACAACUCCCAACAAUGUUGGGACCUGCAGUGCAUCGUGGGAUAAGUCCAUAAGUCUUUGUAAUCCAUGCGUAAUGAGCGUGCGUGGCCCCAACAAUGUUGGAAGAGCUGUGCAAACGGAUCCAACAUUGUUGCGCUACGCUUCGGCGAUCACGGAACAAAAGAUAUGUUGGGAGUUGCUGGCUGAAAAGUUUGACCGGUUUCAAACUUUGCGCAACAACACGCAACAACAUCCAACAACAUGCAACAGGGUGUGCAAACGGAUGCAAAGAAGUUACGAUACACGCUCUAUAAUGGUUAAUCGACGAGCUCUGAUACAACCAUCCCAAAUUAAAUACGGUAGCUUCAGUCAGUUCGAAUAAAAGCUGAAGUCUCGAUGAAUAACUAAAAGCCCACAUCACCUUCAAAGCGCCGUUUAUUUUUCAAUUUCUGAUGUAGGUCAGAGCAGUGCAGCAAACAAUUGGGCCAAGGGAUUUUACACAGAGGGCUCGGAACUACUGGAAUCAGGCAUGGACUGCAUCCGCAAACUUACGGAAUUCUGUGAUUGCGUCCAAGGCUUUCAGGUUGCACAUUCGUUAGGUGGGGGUACUGGUUCAGGUCUUGGCUCGCUGUUAAUGUCAAAGAUUCGCGAAGAAUACCCAGACAGACUGCUAAGCAGCUUCUCUGUGCUUCCCUCACCGAGGGUGUCUGAAACAGUCACAGAGCCCUACAAUGCUACUUUAAGCUUCCAUCACCUUGUUGACAUUGCAGAUGCCGCUAUUUGUAUUGAUAACGAAGCAUUGUAUCAUAUCUGUUCGAACAUUCUCAAACUUAAGACACCCACUUAUAGCGAAUUGAACCGAUUAGUGGCCACCACUAUGGCAGGUGUGACGACAUCACUGCGUUUCCCUGGUCAGGUGAGUAGCUUAAAUCAAAUUUUCUCGGGGUGAACAUAGUCCAAAAAAGCACAAACUACGUGGAAAUCAAAGGCAAAGAGAGUAAAUAUAUACCGCAUUUGUAUCCUAGUUUUCAUGGGGCUGUUGAUUCGGUGGCAAAACUCUUCAUUUUUACCCGAGAUAAUAUGAUCCAAGUCUAAUUUUUUGUGUGUAGAUAUUAAUGUAGUAAAGAAGCAGGACGUCAAAAAAAUUGAAUUUGUGUAAAAUAAUGGAUUAGCUAGCAUACUUAGAAGGAAGAAGAUGAAAAAAGCUCCCUUGCCAAAGAUCAGUCUGUUGGGGCAAGUUGGUGGGAAGAUAUAAGCACGGUUAUACUUUCACGACGCCAAACAAAUCCUUCUAAAAUUGGCUUGGAUCGUAAACUAUUCUAGAAGGAUUGUAUACAUCUAAACUCACGGUGCUUAUACCUCCGCCACCAAUUUGCAUUACCAGGCUGAUGUUUUUUUUCGCAAGGGAACACUUUUCAUCUUAUUCUUCCUAGAUAUGCCAAACUACCUCAUAAUUUUAGAAAUUUAAUUUUUGUGACGUCAUCAAUUUUCUCGUCUAUUCAAAAAGGCAAAAAUGAACAAUAUUUAGUUUGAACUAAAUUAAUUUAAGGCAUAAAUUCUAUUAAGAAGGGGUCUAUCUAUAAAGCGAUGAAAGGUUCAUCUAGAGGCUAUAAACAUCCCAGAUUGUCGAAGAGGAUAAUGAGGUCUCGAAGCUUUCUAGCGGACUCAAGGUCCGUGACGCUAGCCAAAAGUAUCGCUGCUCUGCGAAUGAGUGAUAAUGUGAUUGGAGUUUUAUAGCUGUGAUAAAACUAGUUUGACUCGAUAGUCUUCAAAAGGAGUGCAUGUGAGAGGUUUUGCAAUUGAUUCAUUGUCCUCUAUCUUGGCAGCUCAACGCGGACCUCAGAAAACUCGCCGUAAACAUGGUACCAUUUCCUCGUCUUCAUUUCUUCAUCCCCUCCCACGCACCGCUCAUUAGCCAAGGUUCGCAAAGCUUCAGAUCAUACGCCAUCUCCGAACUCACAAGCAAUAUGUUUGGACCCCAGAACAUGAUGGUGGCUUGUGAUCCAAGACAGGGACGAUACCUCACAGCUGCCGCCAUGUUCAGAGGCCAGCUGGCCAUGAGAGAUGUCGAAGAAACCAUUUCGGAGAUGCAAAACGCGCAUUCGUCGGCUUUUGUGGACUGGAUACCAAAUAACAUGAAAACGGCCGUGUGUAAUGUGCCUCCCAAAGGGCAAAAAACCGCCGCUACAUUUCUAUAUAACAGUACUGCCAUUCAAGAAGCAUUCAAGAGGUUUACAGAGCAGUUUUCUGCGAUGUUCAGGAGAAGGGCGUUUCUCCAUUGGUACACGACUGAAGGCAUGGAUAUCAUGGAAUUUACAGAGGUAUUCCACCUUUUAGGCCCAGUUCAAAUGUCCAACAUUUUAUGCAUCUAACUGCAGACUUCGAACUUAACUAGUCGGAUACAACCAUUUUCACAAGUGUGUGCAAUGCUUACCAGUAAAAAUAAAUUAUAUUAAUUUAUGCAUUAGGUUCGACACAUGAAAAGUUUGACUUUUGAAACGAAUCGCUCCACAGUAGAAAUUCCCAUGUAGGCCACUCGAACUUAAUUCAUAUGUCGGACGUAAUUGAAUCAAAAGUCGAUCUUUUCAUGUACUUUAUUGAAAGGAUAAGGUUCGGCACAUGAAAAUUUGGACGUUUGAAAUGAGCCUUACAAUGCAUUUCUGCGACUUCUCAUCUGAGGAUCCACUGAGUUAAACACAGUGGGGUUCCUAAAGGGAAAAAUUAGUUUGUGUUUUUGCGGUCUGCUUGUGUGUUUUGAUCUUUCUUAUGAUUGGUCAGUACAAAAUCAACAUCACAUCCUGGAAUUUUUCAUGUAUUCACGGUUUUCUAAAUGGUCGCUACGAAAAGAAAAUAUUGUACCAAUGAGCCGAAUUUAAUAUAUGUACACCAAUAAAGAAAAUAAUGGUAAUUUAAGAAAUUUUAUUUUCAAAUUACAGGCGGAUUCUAACAUGAAUGACCUUAUAGCCGAAUACCAACAGUAUGAGGAUGCAGGGAUUGAUGAUGUCAUCUAUGACGAAGACGAAUACGAAGAGCUGGUCGAGUUCUCUGGUGACGCAUCAAACAACAUAUAAAGAACGCUUUCAGUCAACUAUCAAUCUUUUGAAACUCAUUUAAUGAUAUUGAAUUUCAUCAUUGAAAACCUUUUGAACAGAUUCUAGUUCGUUUGAUUCAGGUAUUUCAAAGAAGGCGAUAGAGCACUAAAUGAGACAAUUAUUUAGUCAUCUUGACGAC